AUGAGGGCGAUGCAGGACCAAAUUACGAUGUUAUCCGCUAGUGUUCGGUCGAUCGCCAGUACGGAACAGUCGCCAGUUGGCCUGUCUACCUCAAGUAGCUAUGGGCAUGGCCUUCUUCCCGCCCCGCGCUCGCUUCGCCGCGUGUCCACGACGAAAGGGACUCCGUUUCAAGGGCCAACGACGUCCGCGUUUAGUUUUGACCUUGCUAAAUCUAGUCUGCAGCAGCGUGGGAUUGUCGAACGAGGAGAGGCUGGUGACGAGGGCGAUAUGGCCCAAGAGCCUUCGCCAUUAGCAUCUCCGUCGGCAAAUCAUGAUAUAAUUGAUGCUCGACAUACGCUGGAUCCUCUAUGGGCUCUCCCAAAAGCCGAGGCGCUACGUCUUUGCCGUGUAUAUGAAGAGGAAAUGGGUAUCAUGUACCCAGUGCUGGAGUUGCCGGAGCUAUUAGAGCAAGUUGAGCUACUGUAUAGUCCAAAGGACCGUACACUCGGCUCAAGCCUCCAGCCAGGUGGCAGACCUGAGCUGGAUCGAGAAGAUGUCCACAUUCUACGCUUGGUGUUUGCCUGUGCCUUGACCGCGGAAGGCAGCGGUCAAAGUGACCAGGCCAUCUCGUUGUUUGAUAGCGUCCGGGAGGUCCAAGACAACUGUGUCUGGGGCCCGCCCGAGAUCAAGAGCAUAAUCUUCCUCACUCUGGUGUCUAUCUUCUACUUUCAAAACGACGAGGAGACGUUGGCAUGGCGUACCAUUGGCAUUGUCGAGCGCAUGUGUCUCGAGAAAGGUCUUCAUCGCCGCGAGUCUUUGAAUCAACCGGGAAUCGUCACCGCAGGGAAGGAAAAAGCUCUGCGGCUAUUUUGGUCCACGUAUAUUUUGGAUAUGCGCUGGAGUUUUGGGACCGGCAUGCCUUUUGCUUUAGAAGACACGGACAUUGAUCCCUGGCUCCCCGAGCCCGAAGAGAAGACCCCAUACCUGCGAGUCAUGAUCAGAUACAGCCGGAUUGCGGCGAAAGUCUGGAAAUUCAUUUCAGCGUUUAACAACACGAACGAAAUCAAAAAAGAUGAGAUGAACUAUCUGGACUGGCAGGUGUUGCGCUGGGCCAAUGCCAUUCCAGACCCAUUGCGACUCGAAACUUCGAAAGCCACAGAGCUUGGAACCUCCACAGAUGGCCCGCGAAGCCUUCGCCGACUACGAGCUCUCCUUUAUCUUCGUGCAAAUCAGUUACGCAUGUUGAUCCACCGUCCUGUACUUCACACGGCAGCACAUAUCAUGCGGUAUCCGAGUGAAUCCGAGACUGUGGUGGAGCUAGCGAAAGACACGAUUCGCUUCAUAACCCGUCUCAAUGAUACAUCCGACAUCUAUCAGCUGCAACAAGUUGCCUUCAACUGGUUCCUCGUUUCAGCCUUGGCUGUUUUGUUUUUAGCUGUUGCGCAAGCGCCAACACAAUUCAGUGGGUCGUGCAAAGAAGAGUUUUUCUGGGCGUUGGAAUUGGUGAAAGGGUUUUCUGCUCAGUCGUAUAUUUCUCGCCGGCUAUGGAAGUCAAUUCGGAGUUUGCGAAAGCUUGGUCCUCAGCUCGGUUUAGGAGCCCAGAAACAGCGCCUUGACGACCACGCUGGGGUUGAACAUGGGAAGCUUGAUUCGAACGCGUCACCAGCGCUCGCUCCAACUGCGAGCACCCAGAGCCACACUCCGCAAGAUGGGGCUCAGAUGACACAGGAGCUAAUGGAAUGGUUCGAGGCGGUGGGCAACCUCGAAGAUCAAAUUUUGGGGAUGGGCGCCGGUCCAGUGCCGGAUGGGGGUCCCUACCAGCAGAUGCCUAACGGGGGAUUUGUCUUUGACUAUGGUGAAGAGUUGUCAAGCGUUAUGAAGGAUUGUUUCUAA